CUACCACAGCGUGUGUAUAUGUCAUUACUUCUUUAAUCAUUCUUUCACAACAACCAAUUCCAUAGAAGAAAGAGUAAUAUGCUUUCUUCGCGUUGUCUUGUGUUUUUACUUCUUCCUCUUUUUUUCACACUAAACUCUGAAGCCAACGACCAACUAAUUUUCCGCAACCACAAAUGUAACAAUGAUCUCGGAAACUUCACCGGCGAUAGUGCCUACCCAAACAACCGUGCCAUCGUUCUACAAAAUAUAUAUUCCGACAGAGAAAUUGACUACGGGUUCUACAAUUUCUCAUACGGCAAAGAUCCCGACAUAGUAAACGCAAUCGGAUUCUGCAGAGGAGACGUUAAUCCAAAUGACUGUCGUGACUGCUUGAAAUCCUCUGCAGUACUUCUCACAGAACGGUGUCCAGUACAGAAAGAGGCAAUUGGUUACUACGACUUGUGCACCUUGCGCUAUUCUAACGCUUCAAUUUUCGGUGUCAUGAAUAGUAAUGGUUAUGUUUACAAUAGCCAAAAUAAGACAGUGGUGGAUGAUGCAUUUAAUCAAACACUUAGUGGCUUGUUGGAUGAACUUAAAAGCGCAGCGGCAGAAGGUGAUUGGCGGAAGAAGUUUGGUGAAAAGAGUGUUAAAGUAAAUGAACUGAAUACUAAGAAUGAGACUAUAUAUGGGUUGGUUCAGUGUACACCAGAUUUGACAAAACAAAAUUGUACUAAAUGUUUGGAUUUGGCUUUUGGUGAUCUUUCAUAUUGGUGUAAAGAAAUGAAAGAUGGUUUGUAUCUUGGACCGAGUUGUUCGGCUAGAUAUGAUAUAUUUCAGUUUUAUAAGUCCAUAGUUAACAAUACAGAGUCACCAGCACCACAACCUUCUUCCCAAGCAAUUUCUCCUAAACCUUCCUCAAUUAUCUCUGUCACCAAGAAUUCUACUGCCACUACUACUACCACUACCACUAAAGGAAAGAAGAGGAAAUUAAGAACGGCCAUCGCUAUCGUUUUAGCAUGUGUUGUAGCUGGCAUACUAGUUGUUGGUGGAUGUAUUUAUUGUGAAAGGAGAAAGCCAAAACCCGAAUAUACUGCUGAAAUUGAAGUCCAAGAGACAUAUGAAGAUGAAGAUGAAGAUGAAGUUAGAGCUGGUAAUGAUCUUAAAGUUGGUGAUUUGUUGCAAUUUGACUUUGAAACCAUCAAAUUAGCUACAAGCAACUUUUCUGAUGAAAAUGCGCUUGGUCAAGGGGGAUUUGGAACUGUUUAUAAGGGUACACUCGAUGGACUUGAUGUUGCUAUCAAAAGAUUGGCUAACAAUUCUAAGCAAGGAGAAACAGAAUUCAAGAAUGAAGUAUUACUUACGGGGAAGCUUCAACAUCGAAAUUUAGUUAAACUACUAGGUUUUUGUUUACAUAGAGGAGAAAGAUUGCUAAUAUACGAGUUUGUCCCCAAUAAAAGUCUCGACUAUAUCAUAUUUGAUCCAAUUAAACGUGCAAAUUUAAAUUGGGAAAGACGCUUCAAAAUCAUUAAAGAUAUUGCUCGUGGUCUUCUUUAUCUUCACGAAGAUUCUCGACUACAAAUUGUUCACCGUGAUCUCAAAACAAGUAAUAUUCUACUUGAUAAUGAAAUGAAUCCAAAAAUUACAGAUUUUGGCAUUGCAAAGUUGUUUGCCCCCAAUCAAACUCAUGGCAUGACAAGUACAGUUAUUGGAACUUAUGGAUAUAUGGCUCCGGAGUAUAUCAAACAUGGAGAAUUCUCAAUCAAAUCAGAUGUAUUCAGCUUUGGUGUAAUUAUAUUGGAAAUUGUCUGCGGUCGGAGAAACAUUAAGUUUCGUGAUGGGGAGAAUAUAAAAGAUCUAUUAGACAAUGCAUGGGAAAAUUGGAAGACAGGGACAAGUUUAGAUAUUGUAGAUCCAAUGUUAGACCAAAGUUUUAAUAAGAAUGAAAAGAUGAGAUGCAUUCAUGUUGGAUUACUGUGUGUUCAAGAAGAUGUAGAUGUGAGACCAACUAUGAGUUCUGUUUUACUAAUGCUUAGUAGCACAUCUUUCCCACUUCCAGAACCUUCAGAACCUCCAUUUUUAAUGCAACCCAAAAGAGCAUUAUCUAUAUCAUUGAGUGACCAGUAUUCAGGUCCUACAAGGUCAAGUGAUUCAGGAUCAGGAAGUCAAUUUACUCAAGGAUCAACAACUAAGUCCUCAGUUACAGAUCAAUAAUACAUGGUGAUGAAUGAAGUGAUUGUGAAUUAUUUUUCAAAUUCUGUAACAUAAUGUGUUUACUGAUGUUUUGUUUACUUUAUUUUUUAUUUGGUGUUUGUUUUAUUUGCUUUGUAUUUAUAAUAAGACUCCAGUUACUUACAGAUCUAUAUCCCUUUGCUA